AAACGACGAUGAAUCGAAGGUCAGGCCAGAGCCAGAGCCAGAAAGGCUGUUUGUGUCAUGGCCACCGCGGGCUGGCGAGGAAGCGGAGAAGGGCCGGAGAGCAUCCGGCGGCGCCGCAAACGUCGGCCUGGAAUGGAGAUGGAGUAUAUGGGCAACAGCUGCGUGAGGUGCAUCUAUCUAUCUGUCUCUGGGCCUGGCCGUCUGAAGUCCGUCUUGCCAUCGCGGGCCCGGCACUUCCAGAUGAUCACGACUAUGGCGGCUUGGGCUGACUCGGUCCUGCAAAGUUGAAAACGUUGCGUGCGCCCUCCCUGAAACCCUCUCACACUCACACACACAUGGCCCCUUUGAUGCAAACGAUCAAACGAUCCUACCAAGAUUCGAGCGGCGCUCACCGCCCUGUGAUUGGUGCGUUCUGUGCAACAAAACAGCUCCGCCGAUGGAGAAGGGCGGACAGAAUUGGUCCUGAAAAUAGAGGUUAUUCCCGUGCCACUGCAACCUCAAAAACAGCCAGAUAUCGGGACCCAAGCUCAAUAGCAGACGGCAGCGUCUGCAGCCACACACAGACAGAGAACUAUAAACCGGAGACUCGAGAUGCGAUCAGAUGCUCUGCAUCAAAAAGGACUUUGUCCUUGCAGCAGAAGGGUUACAGCAAGAUCUCCGUUUGCUACGAAGCGAAGCGCAUUUGCUUGGGAGUCGGCGGCGGGACAGCACACCAUGCUUCUGCCAACACUGCACCCCGGCCCUUGCAAAUAAUGGGAGAUCCAGAUCUGCUUUCCAGACUAUUUGAUUUUUGAGAGCUAGUCCACAAAUCUGUUCCACAUAGAAAAUGAAUAAGGGGGUCCUUGUGGUGUCUCACAGCAGUGACAC